AUGGACCAACAAAUGAGUCAAUCAAUCAAGCUGAGAGCAGCUCUGACCACAAGGAUCAAGGAAAUUAUGGGAAAAUCAUCAGCAACAGGGAUCUUCAGAGGGGGGAUAUUGCAAACUCACCUUCUACACAAAGCAAGAUUAAGAAUUGGACAUGAGCUAGACAGUUGCUUAGCAACACGUGAUGUCAACUUCCAUGCUUCUGCGUCAAUCUCAGAAUAUGAGAUCAAUCGAGCUGCACUGACAGUUGCCCAUGCAAUGGUAAAUCCUUAUUAUGUGGAUUGGGAUGUUGACAGAUUUGCCGAAAUGGCCAAAGUCUCUACACCUAAAUCUGAUGGUCCCCUCGCUAAUACCAAUCAGCUACCAAAGUACUUUUCUGCAGCUAUGAUCGGUAAAAUUUCAGCACCAGCUACUAUUGUGGACAGGCAAGCCACUAAGGGUUUACGGACUUUACUUCUUGAAACAAUUACGUCCUCCACCCAACAGUCUUGGCGAUCUCAAGGCUUUGUUGUCCCAGAGGGGGUGGAGAAUUUGGAGCAGGCAGAGUCACAGUAUCACCAGCAUAUUUUAUGCAAAGACACGAGACUGGAAGACCCAAUGGUUACCUCGGCUUCCUAUAAGUCUGUGGAAGUCCAAGAGUGGCUAGCUGCUUUAUCAGCUACUGAAUCUUUCUGGAAUGCCAUUACCGCUGUAUCGGCUCCAGAUCUAUUCGAAGCAGGCACCUUGGCAAUCACUCGUAUUAUUGAGGAACUUCAAGGUUCUGAUAGAACAUCACCACCCAUCUGUGAUUGGCCCUCGAUCUUCUCAGGAUUGGAAAUAAUUGCAAAUCGUACAACUUUAUCACACAGAGAUUCUGGUGGCGCACCUUCUCUUUUUGAUCUUCUGAUUAGUUUAGGCAGUGGCCAUGAGGCUAAGUUGACAUUAGCAGAUGUUGGGGCCGAACUGGAUUAUUACCCUGGGACAAUGGUCUUCAUUUCCGGGAAGGUUUUACAACAUUCUAUUGGUCCAUGGGGUCCGGGAGAAAGGCUCGUUAUUGCCCAUUUUAUGAGGGAUAAAAUCCACUCUAGAUGUGGGAAUGUUGAUAAUAUCAAUUUUUCCCCCACACGUAACCCUAUGUCUCCCAAGAAAAAAACUCGACUCAAGGCAGCUACAUUUUCCUUCCAAGGAAGAGGUCGUUUGUCUAAAGGCAAGGACCUUGAUGUUGCCUAUGUGUCUCAUAAACAAGUCAUUGGAAAGAGAAGGAAGCCAACCUGGGUGGAAUCAUGCGCUGAUAGCCUUUAUGACACUGCCCCAACACCAUCUCCAUCCUCCAGCCCUCGUAAACGUAUUAGAGAAGACACUCAAGGGUUGCAAAACAGUCAUGAAGAUUUUGAUAGACAAACCCUUGGUGACUUUGUUUCCUAUACACAAAAUGACUUCAUCCAAGAAUAUCUGCCUUUCCGAGACUUGUACUUGGAUAUUCUCCUUGACUUGGAGAAACCCUCCGAUGUAUCCCAGUGCCAGUCUUGUCAGAUUGGUGAAGGGAAAUUCCGCUGUUUGACUUGCAGUGGAGAUCAGACAUUCUGUCGUUCUUGCAUUGUCAAUGCUCACCAGUUUUUGCCCUUCCACAAGGUUCAAGAGUGGACUGGGAAAUGCUUCAACGACACAUCACUUGAAGAAUUGGGUUUUAUCUGGUAUAUGGGCCAUGGGGGACAACCAUGUCCAUUUUCUGACGACAUGCAUGCAUGGGAGAAUAUUCCCAUGGACGCAGAGGCCAAUUUUUCACCAAUGGAGACAGUUCAUGGUUCAACUAUACCAACCAAGUUGACCAUUGUACAUUCCACUGGAGUGUUUUUGCACAACGUUGUCUGGUGCAGCUGUCCUGGGGUCGAUUGUCAGCAGCAUUUGCAAUUGCUGAAAGCUAAAUUAUUUCCAGCCAGUACCACUCGACCACAGACUGCCUUUACUUUUGAUGUCCUCAAUCAUUUUCUAAUUGAUGCACUGGAGUGCAAGACUUCAGCAUCCAGCUUCUUUGAAAAAAUCCGUCGAAUGACCAAUAACUGUUUCCCAGAUACUGUUCCUAAUCGAUAUCGAGAACUUAUGAGAGUGUCUCGACUGUGGAGAGACUUGAUGAGUCGAAAAUGGUUUGGCUUUGCCCAUAAUGAUGAGCAGAAACCGGACAAGGGUGAUCUGGCUUGUUGGCUUGUUUCACAAAGAUAUGUGGUAGACGGGAACUUCACUGCUCAACAUAUGGUAAUGAGAAAACCACAGUUGGACAUUAGUUUGUCAGACGGGCUUGGGUAUAUGGUGAAAGAUCAAGAAUACCAGACUCAUCUGUCAUCGGCUGUAGAAAGUAAAGAGCGGUCUUCUUGCAGCAAUCAUCGUGCAGUAAAUGCAGCCAAUAUCAGCAGGAGCAAUCUUCGAGCUACAGGUGUAGGAGCAACUGCUUGUGCUCGACAUGGAUGCUUUGUUCCUCAUAGUAUAGUUGAUUUUCAGAAGGGCGAAAGACACAUGAAUAUCGACUACUCAAUAUGCAAUGCAUUGAAUUAUCAUUCAGCUGGUAUAGACUCUUCCCUCAUCAUUUAUGAUGUGGGGUGUCAGUGGAGCAUUAAUUUUCUACAGAGAGUAGCCCAGAGCAAGGGCUUGUCUGUACCUGAAAAUAUGCACAUCGUUCCAGCAGUUGGAAAAUUCCAUCUUAGCGCUCACAAAUUAGCUUGCUUUGCAAGGUACAGCCUCAACUUUAUUCAAGGGGCUGGACAUGUUGAUGGGGAGAUUUUGGAGACUCUGUGGGCACCAUUCAAUAAGAUCUCCCCAACUGCUCGGUCAAUGAGUCAGGCUCACCGUCAAGAAGUUCUUGAUGAUCAUAUGCGAGACUCAAACUGGAAAAAAAUAGUGGGAAUAAUGAAGACUCUCUUGAAAAAGUACAAACGGGCUCUCAAAGGUGUUGAUGACACAAAGUCUCCCUUUGACGAGCUCACUCUGUCUCUGGACCCUGAGAAGAUUUCGAUAUGGAAGAUCGAUGAGAAAAAGGCCAUGGAACAACGUGGAGAGUAUCUUGACAUCUAUCAGUUGCAGAUGAACAAAGCUCCAACUAUGGCAGAGAUUAGACUCAAAUUAACUGAGUCUGAGAAUACCGACACUAGCAAACCUGGGACAGUCUCUUGGCUCAUUACUGGCAUCAAUCUGGAGGAUUUACAGGAUGGACUAAGGGCAGAUAUUCGACAACUUCCUACUGAUGCAACCCCAGGACAGAAAGUUUCUAUAGAAGAGAAGCGACAGAGAUUGACAGCUAGGAUAGCUAAAUUUCAUGAAACAGCUGAUGCCAUGACUGCUGGUAUGGAUCUUGGAACUGCAACAGUGCAUUCCGACGAUCCUAGAUUCUGCUAUGCAGGUCAUGAUGAAAAUGGUUGGGGAGAGGUCUCAGAUGAAGAGAUCUCAGAGUAUAUUGACGAAGAAAUCUUGGCUGAAGAGAUGGGUAUCUGGAUGCCAUCAUCAGUGCCCUACCAGGAUGCAUUGGCUCUCGGACUGGGUCCCCUCCAAGCUGAAGAAUUAGAACUUCGAAAGGGCCAAGCCAAUGACUGCCUCGAAAAGCUUCGAAUGGCCCUUGGUCAUAAGGCCAUCAUCUAUCGUCAGUAUUUUCGAAGUGCUAAUUCUACAUGGGCUGGGACUAGGUCAAAGCAAGAAGCUCAACGCUGUCAGCUCAAAAUUGACAAGUGUGUAAGAAGCUAUCAGAGGGCAAGGUCAGCAAUGGAAGGUCUAGGCAUGGACAAAGCCACCUUGGGGAGUCUUUAUCAGCCAAUAUCGCCUACAGAGCUCAGUAUAGACAAAGAGGUGACAGAAGAAAAUAGAUUUGGACAAGGGUCAGACAGGCUGGCUUGGUUUUGGAGGGGAAAUAAUGCAAGCCAAGGUCAAGACGAUGCCUGGAUAGAUGAAUCUCCAACCGAUCUAGUCUACAGGGUGAACUGGUUGAAGGCUAAGGCUAGAUGGAAUAGAUGGCAAGAGGAAUUAAGGCUGGUAAGACAUGAAAUGGGUUGGACCAUAAACUGGUUCAAGUACCACCAGAAUGAAUGGGAGAGAAGGGGUGGCCAAGCCACCAGACCUGGUCAUCAAGCCUAUGCUUAUCAGCAGGUCUUGAUGUGGGGAAGAUUUGUUGAGGAGGCAGAGAAAAAUUUCAAUGGAUGUAGCUUAGCUAGCACUAGCUCCACUCUAUGUAGUCCACAGCUGGCCGAGAUAAUUGUAUUUAAGAUAUGGACUGGCCAGAUGGUUCCUACAGCAUUCCAUGUAAUUCUGAUACCAAUAACUGACAGAAUCAAGUCGGCCGAAUUAAACCGGCCGGGAUGCAAUGUUGGAAUUGAAAACCAGCCAGUCUUGAUUCUACUGUUGUAA